AUGACCACUUAUCAAUCGAUUGAAGAAGGAAUACCUCGUAAUCGUUCAAGUGGCUCUGAUGAUGGCGAUAAAGUUGGUUUGCUAUCUCAUAUUAGUCCCCAAAGACAACGACUAUGGAGUAAUUUGUUGAAAUUUUUUGUUGGAGUAGUUUGUUUUUCUAUUAUUUUAUGGUUCUCUUUGUAUUGGUUUAUGGCACCUCAAGCAAUGGAAAAUGAAUUCGAUUGGGCUGAUCCAAAUCUAAUUGUUGCUAAAACCGGUGCUGUCGCCUCCGAAGUUGUUAAUUGUUCUCGAUUUGGUGUUGAAGUUUUAAGAGAUGGUGGUAAUGCUGUUGAUGCUGCAAUAACGACUCAUAUAUGUGUUGGUACUGUUAAUGUAUUUGCUGCCGGAAUUGGAGGAGGUGGUUUCAUGUUAGUCAGAUUACCAAAUGGAUUCGCUGAAAUUAUUGAUUUCCGUGAAGUCGCCCCUGGUGCUGCUCAUCAAGAUAUUGGUGAACUCCGUGGAUUAAAAUUAGCUCAUGAAAGACAUGGUAGACUUCCCUGGAAACGUCUUUUAGAACCAUCAAUUAGAAUUUCUCGAGAAGGUUUCCCUAUCCCAAUUGAAUUAUUUAUGUACCAAUACAAAAUCGAACACAACAAAGAAUUAUGUGACAUCUUUUGUGAUUCUGAUCGAAAAAUGAAAAGACUAGGAGAUAUAAUGUAUCGAACUAAUUAUUCUAAAUCAUUGGAAAAAGUCUCGGAAGAUGUCAAUGAAUUUUAUUUGGGUUCAAUCGCAAGAUCAACUGUCGAUACUAUUCAAAGUAGAGGUGGUAUAAUAACAAUGGAAGAUUUGGCCACCUAUAAACCUAUUAUUCGUGAACCUCUCAUAGGAUAUUAUCAAGGACGAAAGCUUAUAACAUCUCCUGAACCUGGUAGUGGAACUAUAUUAUUAUUCUUAUUAAAUGUUUUGGAAGAAUACAAGUUCCACGAACAAGGCCACGCCAUUGCUAGACGUACUGAAUUAGGAGAUCCCGCAUUUUUCAAAAAUACUACAGCUCACAAAGAACGUAUAGAAGAAAUAAUUUCCAAAGAAUAUGCUGCAAGAAUUCGUGAAAAUAUUACAGAUACACGUACAUUUAGACCUGAUCACUAUGAACCCGAGUAUGCUACACUCGAAGAUCAUGGUACAACUCAUAUUUCAGUUGUAGACGUUGAUGAGAUGGCCGUUAGUAUGACUGCUACUCUUAAUCAUUUCUGGGGAUCUCAAGUAAUGGAUCCAAAUACUGGAAUCUUAUUUAAUGAUCAAAUGGACGAUUUCUCAAUUCCUGUACCACCAGCUAUUGAUAGAUUCUGGCCUGCUCCUCAUAAUUUUCCUGCACCAGGUAAAAAACCAAUGUCGUCAACAUCACCUACAAUAAUCGAAAGACCUGAUGGAAGAUUUGAAAUGGCUGUUGGUGCUAGUGGUGGUACAAGAAUUAUGAUGGCUGUUACACAGACAUUAUUAAAUAUUUAUGAAUUUAAUUUGAACGUUUUAGAAGCUAUUGAUUAUCCAAGGUUAUAUCAUCCAUUAUUACCAAAUGAAUUAUUUGUUGAAUCAGGAUAUCCAUAUGAGAUAUUAGAACAUCUUAUAAAAGUUGGACAUAUUGUUAAAAUACAUAGUAUUUAUAAUAGAGGUUUUGGAUGUCAAGUUCAAUGCGUAAGAAAGUUUGAAAAUGGAACUAUUCAUG